CUCAAAGUGCCGCUUUUGAGCGCUUGCCGGCCCAUGAUUUUGUUGCCUUCGGCAGCUGUCGACCGCAAUGCCGCUGUCCGAACGUCCCUUGCAGGCAGGUCUCUUCUCUUGUAUUUCGGGUUGGAAGAGAUGAGCCCAGACGCUCAGAGAGAGUUUUUGAUCAAGGAAGGGGCACGAAGUGGUGACUUCCUGUGGUUCCACCAGAGCGGGGAAUCUUUCGCUUCAACAUACAAAGUGGAAUUCAAAAUUGGCGAGGGUGGCUUCGGGAAAGUGUUUUCGGCCACCCACAAGCGCACGGGUAUUGCACGGGCCGUGAAACGGCUGCACAAGGUGCCGGGCAGACAAGAGCUCCAUAAGAAUGAGCUUGACACGUUGUUGGGCCUCGACCACCCGCACAUUGUAAAGCUCUUGGAAUAUUAUGACGAAGAUGAGUUUCUCUACUUAGUCUUCGAGUUGUGCGAGGGCUUGGACUUGCUGGAGACCAUCCGAACAUCAAAAACUGGAAGGUUGGGGGAGCUAGAAGGCUCCGUGGCGCUGCGGCACAUGCUUAAGGCAUUGCAAUGCUGCCACUCCCAGUAUCGAGGUCACUAUGACAUCAAGCCGGAAAACUUCAUGUUCAAAAGAUCAACGAGUGGGGAAGACAUCGCGCAGGGGAAUCUGAAGAUGGUGGAUUUUGGUUUGAGCAGCUGCUUCGACAUGCACCGGAACCACCGCAUCUCUGGAACAACUGCCUACAUGGCCCCAGAGUUUUGGAGCGGCAUUUAUGGCCCGGAAGGUGAUGUUUGGAGCUGCGGAGUUGUGCUCUUCGUGAUGCUCACAGGCACACCACUUCUGGAUGACAUCUGCCCGGCCACGGUGAAGCGCGAGACACGGGUACGACAUGUACUACAAGAGCGGCUGCAGUGCGCGGCCACGGAGUGGAAUCUGUCAUCAAGCGCUAUGGACUUGCUGAAGCAAAUGCUACAGCAUGAUCGGCAUGCUCGACCAACCAUCAAGGAGGCGCUGAAGCAUCCUUUCAACACUGGCGGCUAUGACAUAGAGAGACAGUUGCCAUCACCGGAGAGCCUGCAGGCGGGAGCGCUGCUCAAAGAGCUGCCGCAUUUGGUUCGGGACAUCAUGACGGAGCCUAUGUUGAAGCGAGUGGCGAGGAUGAUCAUGGUCCACGUCAGCGAGGUGCCUGAAGCAGCCAGCCUGGCCUUUCGCAUGCUAGAUUUGCACGGCUACGGCGAGCUUUCCAUCUCUGCCUUGGAAGAGAACCCGCGCCUUUGGAGCGACGGUAUUUUACCAGAUGACUUGGAAGCGAUUUUCGAAGCCAUGGACCUCAACCGCGACGGCUACAUCAGCUACCGGGCCUUUCUGGCUGUCACCCUCCCGGACGAGAUCCGAUGCAAUGCCAGCAUCCUGGAGGUGACUUUUGGCAUUUUGGACGUCAACGAGGACGGCUUCAUCGGCCAAACGGACUUGGCCAAGGUCUUCGGUCACGAUGCGGAUAGCGAGGUGUGCGAUCUCACCAUCAGCGAGGUGAGUAAGGAUGGCAAAGUGUCUUGGGACACCUUCUUGGCACUCGUCGCGCCGGAGAUAGUGGUUGCCAACGCCUUGCUGGAGCACUGCAUGAAGCUGCCAAAAUCUCGGCGCUGACUGGAGCUUGGCACCCGACAUAGCCACAUGGCCUGUUUCGGGCAAGCCAGUGCGGCACAUGACCUAUGGAGCCGGCAAAGCCGCUUUUGCUUGCAGAUAGAUGCUUCAAAGGCCAAGCAUACACACCUAGGCAAGUGAAGGAGAGCAGAUGUUGGCUGCUUGCAGUUGACUAGCCAGAUGCAAGCAAUCUGGCUACAGGCAAAUGUACACUCAUGUUUCACCGCCAGAAAUGCCUCCACAGCAUGCCUUACAAUUUACAGGGGCAUGCCAAAUUCAGCCUCAGUAACGUCAAGGCGGCUCUCGGAUCACUUGUUGGCUUUCAAAGUAUUUAGGGACUUUGACAUGAUACUGUGGAUGGACGAACUCCUGCACCACAUAAGAC